AUGCUUCAAGAAGUGCGAUCCAGCGACCAUGCGCGCGUCGCAGCGGUCGCAGGCGACGGGAGCAUGGGAAUGGGGUUCGGGCAGCGAGGUGGUAACCCGAUGUUCGCGCAGAUGAACAGCAGCACGCACGGCGUGGGAGCCGGGGGAAUGGCGGGGGCGACGUCGAUGCACGGCGGAGUGGCGGCCAUGGGGAGCUCGUCCAUGCACGCGGGGUUCAUGGCGUCCGGCUCCAUGCACGGUGGCGGCACGGGACGCGCGUCCGCUGUCGCCAUGCGUGCCAUGCAGGCGGCGAAGCUGCGAGCGUCCAAGACGGCGCUGGAGCGACACAACGUGCAGAUCGUGGGCACCGGCUCUGAACUCCUCGUGCUCUCACACGGUUUCGGGCAAAAUAAAAAUAUAUGGAGCAGCAUAGUGGGGCAGCUGGACACGAGUGUGUACCGCAUUGUGCUCUACGACCUCACCGGCGCGCUCGGCACGGACUACGAUGCCUUUGACUAUCAGCGCUACAGCACGCUGCAUGGCUUUGCAGAGGACCUGCUGCAGCUUCUGGCAGAGCUGGGCGUUGAGGGCACGGACUGGGGGCAUCAGUGCACGUUCAUAGGGCACCAGCAGAGCGGCAUGAUGGGGCUGCUCGCCUCCCUGGAACGCCCGAGAGUGUUCAAGCGCAUCAUCAUCAUGGGCUCCUCGCCCAGGUUGUUGGAUGCUCCGGGCUAUGAGGGGGGCUUUGCACUGAACGACCUGGACCAGGUGUUUGGCAUCAUGCAAGGCAACUUCAAGAUGUGGAGCAGAGGGUGUGCGCCCGUGCUCACAGCAGACGAUGUGAAGGCGCCUCACGUGCGCGACUUCACCCGCCCGCUCUUCCUGCUGCGCCCCGACAUCGGCUUCAGCAACCUCAAGACCGCCUUUGCAUGCGAUGUUCGAGACAUCCUCCCACGGGUGUCAGUGCAGAUCCAUCUUCUCUUCUUCGACCAGGACUCAACCGUGCCCCAGUCAGUAAUACAGUACAUGCUCACCACCAUCCCCAACGCCUUUGCCGAAAUCCUCUCUACAACCGGCUUCGCUGACUCGCCUACAACCGUUGCCGCGGGCAUUCAACGGCAUCUCAGCAUGCCGAUCCGAGAAACGUUUGGGCUGUCGAGUCGGCGGAUCUUCAAUGCGCGGUACCUACCACCGCCUAUGCCUGAAAUGGAGGAGGAUGCUCAAGAGAUGGAGAACUAUGAGUUCGACUUCGGCAUCGGAGGAGCGCCGGGCAAGGCAGCGGGGGCCAGCCUCAAGGACCAGCGCAGCGGCUACUCCCUCGCCUCUGUAUCAAAGGGCGGGGACUUAGCCUCAAUGCUCCUCGGCUCUUCCUCCUCCCCCUCCCCAGUCACCGCCGCCCCCAAAGCCCCCGCCUACUCAGGCCCCCCCACAGUAGCCCUCUCCCCCACCUUCACCCCCGCGCCACCCCCCUGGCUGCUCACCCCUUCCGCCCCCGCGCCCACACCGUCCGUCUCUGGCGUCUACUCCGUCACCAUCCCGCCGCCCGUCUCCAUCCAAGCCUCUUUCAAGGAAGCCCCUCCUACCGGCGUUCCCGUUGCCGGCGCUGCCGCUGCUGCUGCUGCUGCUGGUGGUGCAGCGGGAGCAGCUGUAGGCCCAGGGGCGCUGGGGCUGGCAGGAGUGGGAGCAGCGGGGGCGGGGGGGAAGGGGGCGGCUGGGGGAGGCGGGAUGGGCGGGCUGGCUGCCACGUGGACAGCCUCUCCCUUGGGAUCCACGAGCAGCAAGAAGCCAGACGCUCUCUCUGACCUCUGGAGCACCGUUGCAUCUGGCGCUGCUGCUGGCGGUGGCACGGCUUCUGGCAGCGGUGUUGGUGGUGGGAGUGGUGGUGGCACUGGCGGUGCGGCCUCAGGAGUGUCGUUGGCUGCAGCAGCAGCAGCAGCCGGUGGGGACCUGCUGGGGGAAGAUCUUCUUUCAGACUUGGGCUCAUCCGUGCCUGAUGCGGCUUCAGCUUCUGGUGCUCCUGCUGCCGCUGCUAGUCCAAUGGACCCUGUGGGGGGCCUGCUGUGA